GAUCGUGUUAGAGAUGAAAUCAGGACUGGUAUGCAAGAGAAUGGAGAUAAACUUACUUUAAAGAUGUUGCAAAACCUACCAUAUUUAGAGAGAUGUUUAAAGGAAGCAAUGCGUUUGUAUCCCAGCGUGUAUUUUAUAUCACGAAUUACUUCAGAAGAUGUAAAAUUACGAUCCUAUACAGUACCUGCUGAAACAAACAUUCAUCUUCAUAUCUACGGAGUCCACAGAGAUCCUAAUUUUUGGCCAAAUCCAGAGAUAUAUGAUCCAGAUAGAUUUUUGCCUGAGAAGAUCCGAAAUCGUCAUCCUUAUUCGUAUUUACCAUUCAGUGCUGGACCACGUAACUGC